GUUUGCCUCGGAAAGAAGAGCCGUAAAGUAUUCGCUCUCUGAACACGUGGGAAGGGUCCUGCUCGUGCUCCUUCCCUGAGCAGCGCGAGCCACGAUGGAAGCCAAUCAGAAGAAGAAGACGUGGUCUGCGAGGAAAGGUGCGAAGAAACCGGGGCAGAAGGGCAGAGCCUCCGCAGGUAAACCAGGUAAAGCAGGAGACUCGUCCGCGGUUGAACCCGGGGAGAAAUGGCCCAAGAAGCCGCACGCUGGAGAAAAGACUAAGAAGUUUGAGAAGACCAGUGGGAAGGGGGCCGCGCAGAAACUCCGGAGGAAAAAACCGACAGAGGGGAAGUUUCCACAGAAAAGGAAAUUCACGCCUGGGAAGAAAAAUCAGGAGGAAGGAUCCGAGGCGAAGAAACCUAAGUGGGAUGAGUUUAAGCAGAAGAAGAAGGAGCUGAAGCAGGUGCGACAGCAAAACGAGCGGAAGAAUAACUACCACAUCAUAACCCGGGCAAAACAAGUGUGGGAGACUGUGCGGAGGAAGGACUGUGACAAAGGGAAGAGGUCCAAGCUGAUGAGCGAGCUGCAGGAGCUGGUACGGGGGAAGAUUAAAGCUAUCGCCUUCGCGCAUGACUCUACCCGAGUGCUGCAGUGUUUCAUUCAGUUUGGCAAUGACCAGCAGAGGCAGGAGGUGUUCGAGGAGCUCAAAGAUCAUUUGGUGGAACUGAGUAAGUCAAAAUAUGCAAGAAAUAUUGUGAAGAAGUUUUUAAUGUAUGGGAACAAGCAGCAGGUGGGUGAGGUGAUGCGAGCCUUCAAGGGCCAUGUGCGGCAGCUCCUGCGGCACGCUGAGGCCUCCUCUGUGGUGGAGUACGCCUAUAACGAUAAAGCUGUCCUGGCCCAGAGACUCAUGCUCAGCGAGGAGCUCUAUGGCAAUACCUUCCAGGUCUGCAAGUCCACAGUCUGUCCCACACUGGACAAGGUUCUAGAGAGCAAUCCAGAUAGGCUGGACAGCAUCAUGGACGAGAUGAAACAGAUCUUGAUGCCCAUGGCCCAGAAGGAGGCUGUCAUAAAGCAUUCACUGGUCCACAAAGUGUUCCUUGACUUCUUCCUGUUUGCACCAGCCAAACACAGAUCUGAGAUGAUCGAGUCCAUACGGGAGGCAGUGGUGUACGUGGCCCACACGCACGAUGGGGCCCGGGUUGCCAUGCACUGCUUGUGGCAUGGGACCCCCAAGGACAGAAAAGUUAUUGUGAAGACCAUGAAGACAUAUGUUGACAAGUUUGCUAUGGGGGAGUUUUCCUACCUGGUGCUGCUGGCUGCAUUUGACUGCAUUGAUGACACCAAGCUGGUGAAGCAGGUCAUCAUAUCGGAGAUCAUCGCCUCCUUGCCAGAUAUCCUAGGUAACAAGUACGGGAAAAAAGUUCUUCUCUACCUCCUGAGUCCACGAGACCCUGCCCAUUUCCUGCCAGAGAUCAUUCAGGUCCUUGAAAAGGGGGAUGGCAACAUGUACAGUAAGAAAGACAUGGCAGUGCGGCGCAGGGAGCUCUUGGAAGCCGUGUCCCCUCCCCUUCUUAAGCACCUGUGUGACCAUGCCCGUACUAUGGUCAUGGACAAGGCCUGCAGCGUUGCUGUGAGUGACAUCUUGGGAGGGGCUAUUGGGGACCUGCGGCCUGCGAUGGAGGCGGUGGCUGACCUUGCCACAGAGGACCUUGUGCCAGGCGGCGCGGAUGGCGAGCUCCACAUUGUUGAGCACCCCGCAGGCCACCUUGUGCUGAAGUGGCUAAUAGAGCAGGAUGCUAAGAUGGAGGCCUCUGACAGAGAAGAACGCUUCUCCAGGAUUCUGUUAGACCAGGUUGGCCUAGACAAACUCAAAACGUGGGUGUCUGUGAACAGGGGUGGCAUUGUGCUCUGUUGUCUCCUUCAGAGUGCAGACAAAGAUGUGUCCAAGGAGCUGAGGUCAGCCCUGAAGCCCAUGAUCCCUAAACUUCGGAAGAUGGAAAAUUCGAAAGGUGUGGAGGUCCUGCUUGAGAAGCUGGCCGAGUAAUUAAAAAAAAAAAAAAAAGGCUUUCCCCAGCACUGACUUCCAGCGCUCCUGUUGUAACAACCUCCCUUCAGAUCUGUUUGGCAGUCUCUGGGGUCCAGCAGGGAUUUCGGGAAUGUCGGGUGCUGGACCAUUUGAAAAGGCUUCCUUUUGAGUCACACUUCCAUGGUGUUCACGGGCCAGCUGCACAGUGCAGGCGUACAACAGUGAGAGCUGGUUGUUGGUGGAUUUUUGUUCACAGUCUGUGCUCUUCUGGAAGACCUUGGAAUAAAUGUUCCUUACAGCAGGACCCACCCUCUGUCUGUUGAGAUGUCAGUAAGUGUUAAAAUGUAAACAAUAUUAAUAUACUCUACUUUUUACAUUGUUCUCCAUCUUUGUACUUUUAGUUUAUGCAAAUAAAAUGUUUAAUGGUACUUUGUGUAGAGUUCAAGGAUGUUUUAUGAUUGGUUUUUUGAGGAUGAAAGCUGUGAGCAUUUGCUGGCAAGUGUAAGUAAGUAAAUUUCCUGGCACAAACAUAACCAGCCUGUUCACGUAGCUGGUUUUAACAAAAUGACUGAUUACCUAAUUUGUAACUAAAUCUUGAAAGAAGCGCAGCGUGUAAAAAUCAAUUGUUUCAGUAAAAGUGUAAAGUUUUCGUACAGAUUGUGUUGUGCUUCUACAUGAUGGGUAAGCGUGUCUUUCUGUGUGUGUCACAGGGGUCUCUCCCCCCAUGGCUCUGUGAAACAAUAUGUAACAGACCAGGAAAUGGAAGCGUGAGUGCUCAGAGAAAAUUAAUCUAGCAGCCAUACUAG